GCCCCGCCCCCCUCCCCAAGUGCGCGAGGACUCCCAGCUCCCUCUGAGUUGCGCUGGGCUUGGCUGCUGCACCAUGACCCUGGAGGCUAUCCGCUACACGCGGGGCUCCCUGCAGAUCCUAGACCAGCUGCUGCUGCCCCAGCAGAGCCGCUACGAGGCGGUGGGCUCGGUGCGCCAGGCCUGGGAGGCCAUCCGCGCCAUGAAGGUGCGGGGCGCCCCGGCCAUAGCCCUGGUGGGCUGUCUCAGCCUCGCCGUGGAGCUGCAGGCGGGCGCGGGGGGACCGGGACUGGCCGCGCUCGUGGCCUUCGUGCGCGACAAGCUGAGCUUCCUCGUCACCGCCCGGCCCACCGCUGUCAACAUGGCCCGCGCCGCCCGCGACCUGGCUGAUGUUGCAGCCCAGGAGGCGGAACAGGAGGGCGCUACGGAAGAGGCGGUCCGGGAGAGAGUGAUCUGCUGCACCGAGGACAUGCUGGAGAAAGACCUCAGAGACAACCGAAGCAUUGGGGACCUAGGAGCCCGCCACCUCCUGCAGCAGGUGGCCCCUAGCGGUGGCAAGGUGACUGUGCUGACCCACUGUAACACCGGUGCUCUGGCCACCGCUGGCUAUGGUACAGCCCUAGGUGUGAUCCGCUCACUGCACAGCCUGGGCCGCCUGGAGCACGCCUUCUGCACAGAGACCCGGCCCUACAACCAGGGAGCCCGGCUGACGGCCUUUGAGCUGGUCUAUGAGCAGAUCCCCGCCACCCUUAUCGCCGACAGCAUGGUAGCUGCUGCCAUGGCCCAUAGGGGUGUGUCAGCUGUGGUUGUGGGAGCUGACCGCGUGGUUGCCAACGGCGACACAGCCAACAAGGUGGGCACCUACCAGCUGGCCAUUGUUGCCAAGCACCAUGGCAUUCCCUUCUACGUGGCUGCCCCCAGCUCUUCAUGUGACCUCCGUCUGGAGACCGGCAAGGAGAUCAUUAUUGAAGAGCGACCAGGCCAGGAGCUGACUGAUGUUAAUGGGGUCCGGAUUGCGGCACCUGGGAUUGGAGUUUGGAAUCCUGCCUUCGAUGUCACCCCUCACGACCUCAUCACUGGCGGCAUCAUCACAGAACUGGGGGUCUUUGCCCCUGAGGAGCUCCGGGCAGCCCUAACCACCACCACCAUCUCUUCCAGGGAUGGAACCCUAGAUGGACCCCAGAUGUAACCAACUCAGCUCUCCCUAGCCUGCCUCUCUAGGUUUUUAAAUACAUUUGUUGAAUGGCUACCCAAAAGCUGAACUUCCUACCCCUGAUCACACUUGUUCCUAGUGCAGGGAGCUCAGACAGCGCCUUCCAUCUAGAGCCUAGCAUCUAGAGCCAGGCUGCCCAGAUUCAAAUCCUGACUCCACCACUUUUUCCACUGUAUGAUCUUGGCCAAGUCACUUCGCCUCUCUGUGCCUUGGUUUCCUCAUUUAUAAAAUAUGGAUAACAGGCUGGGCGCGGUGGCUCACACCUGUAAUCCCAGCACUUUGGGAGGCCAAGGCAGGUGGGUCACGAGGUCAGGAGAUCAAGACCAUCCUGGCUAACACGGUGAAACCCCGUCUCUACUAAAAAUACAAAAAAUUAGCCGGGCAUGGUGGCGGGUGCCUGUAGUCCCAGCUACUUGGGAGGCUGAGGCAGGAGAAUGGCGUGAACCUGGGAGGCGGAGCUUGCAGUGAGCCGAGAUUGCACUACUGCACUCCAGCCUGGGCAACAGAGCGAGACUCCGUCUCAAAAAUAAAUGAAAUUAAUUAAUUAAUUAAUUAAAAUAAAAAAUAAAUGUGGAUAAUACUAGUACCUCCCUCUUAAGGUCAGGGCUGGAGCUAGGGUGACACCUCCAGGGCAGAAUUUUAAGAGGACACCAAAAAAGCUCAGCAACCAAGAUAAAAAAUAUUUUAAAGCAAUAUUCUGUUUUGAGUCUUCUUUUUUUUUGAGACGGAGUAUCACUCUGUCGCCCAGGCUGGAAUGUAGAGGCGUGAUCUCAGCUCAUUGUAACCUGUGCCUCCCCGGUUCAAGUGACUUUCCUGCCUCAGCCUCCCAAGUAGCUGGGAUUACAGGAGCCUGGCACUAUGCCUGGCUAAUUUUUGUAUUUUUAUUAGAGACACCAUGUUAGUCAUGGCUGGUCUCGAACCCCUGACCUCGGGUGAUCCGCGCGCCGCGGCCUCCCAAAGUGCUGGGAUUACAAGCGUGAGCCACUGUGCCCGGCCUAAAUAAAAUUUUGAAGAGGCUAGAACCCCGCACUUGUGCCUUGAGCUUACUGACCUCAACACCCCGGUUCCACUAAAACUUUAUUUACAAAAUUAUGCUGCCGGUCUGCAGGAUGUAGUUUAACAAUUUGAUUAUUUUGGAUAUUAAAAUUUUUUUUAAGUCUUGAAAAUAUUGUUUAUGAUUACCAAAGUUUUUGGACCUUCUUAAAUUCUGUACCAGGGGUGAGUGCCGCACCGUAACCUAGUCUGAGUUUUUAUGUGUAAAGAUCAUAAAACGUUGUAAGUUUUCUAAAACACAUAAGCUCUCAAUAAACGUUAGCUUAUCAUUGUCA